UGAAACCUAAAACCAGUGCAAACUAUUAUAUUCUGUCUACAGUGUGCGUAAUAUAGUGACUCAGCAUAAAAUUUCGGAAUACUUAAGGGACUUGUUAGGUUUAUAUAUAGAAGGUGAGUUUCGGUACCUGGACAAGAUACAGACGAGACACAAACAGACUGCAGGAUGAAGGACCGUGUUAUGGUGGAGAUGUUGGCGGUUGUAGUCGCCUUGUUCCUGGCUUUUGGUGUGAGUGACGGCCUGGUGAUAAACAAGUGUGAACUGAGAGACGAACUGAACUCGACUCUACCAGCAAAAAUGUUGGACAAGAUCACCAACCUGGUGGCAAAAAUCGUGUGCCAUGCGAAUCUGAGCUCCUACUUGAACACCAGCACCAUCAAUUAUAUAACUGGACCCAACAUUAAGAAGUUCAUCCAAUUCCAAGAUCCUAAAUGUAACAGCUCAACAAGCACUGAAGGUCGUAGAGCACGGAAGGGCAGGUCUGCAGAGUCAAGCAGUGAAGAGUCCAGUGGGGAAGACAUCCGAGGGCCUAAAAGAAGUUUCAGUUCUUCAAUGGUUAAUCCAGUCACUCUUCCAAAGGGUAACAGCUCAACCAUUACUGAACGUCCUAGAGGACGCAAGAGCAGGUCUGCAGAGUCAAGCAGUGAGGAGUCCAGUGAGGAAGACAUCCGAGGGCCUAAAAGAAGUUUCAGUUCUUUAACAGUUAAUCCAGUCACUCUUCCAAAGGGUAACAGCUCAACCAUUACUGAACGUCCUAGAGGACGCAAGAGCAGGUCUGCAGAGUCAAGCAGUGAGGAGUCCAGUGAGGAAGACAUCCGAGUGCCUAAAAGAAGUUUCAGUUCUUCAAUGGUUAAUCAAGUCACUCUUCCAAAGGGUAACAGCUCAACCAUUACUGAACGUCCUAGAGGACGCAAGAGCAGGUCUGCAGAGUCAAGCAGUGAGGAGUCCAGUGAGGAAGACAUCCGAGGGCCUAAAAGAAGUUUCAGUUCUUCAAUGGUUAAUCAAGUCACUCUUCCAAAGGGUAAUAGCUCAACCAUUACUGAACGUCCUAGAGGACGCAAGAGCAGGUCUGCAGAGUCAAGCAGUGAGGAGUCCAGUGAGGAAGACAUCCGAGGGCCUAAAAGAAGUUUCAGUUCUUCAAUGGUUAAUCCAGUCACUCUUCCAAAGGGUAACAGCUCAACCAUUACUGAACGUCCUAGAGGACGCAAGAGCAGGUCUGCAGAAUCAAGCAGUGAGGAGUCCAGUGAGGAAGACAUCCGAGGGCCUAAAAGAAGUUUCAGUUCUUCAAUGGUUAAUCCAGUCACUCUUCCAAAGGGUAACAGCUCAACCAUUACUGAACGUCCUAGAGGACGCAAGAGCAGGUCUGCAGAGUCAAGCAGUGAGGAGUCCAGUGAGGAAGACAUCCGAGGGCCUAAAAGAAGUUUCAGUUCUUUAACGGUUAAUCCAGUCACUCUUCCAAAGGGUAACAGCUCAACCAUUACUGAACGUCCUAGAGGAGGCAAGAGCAGGUCUGCAGAGUCAAGCAGUGAGGAGUCCAGUGAGGAAGACAUCCGAGGGCCUAAAGGAAGUUUCAAUUCUUCAACGGUUGAACGUCCUGGAGGACGCAAGAGCAGGUCUGCAGAGUCAAGCAGUGAGGAGUCCAAUGAGCAAACCAUAUGGACUUUGUAUGGGUUGUUCCAACUGCCCAAUCGCAUAGCCUGCACCUCGGGGUUUGAACCCUCUCUCAACCUCUGCAAGAUGAACUGUGACAGUCUAAUCGAUGACAAUAUCCAAGAUGACAUCAGCUGUGUUGAGACCAUCCUCAGUAAAAUGUUGUCAGAAGAAAACAGUAACGGACCGACUGAAGGGCUUUUCCGCAAAUUUAGCGCUGAUUUCUUCCAGAAGACAUGCAUUAAAGAGGAGAACUCGAAGUACUUCUCUGCUUGUUAAAGCAGGCAUCAGGCCGAGCAGCUUGACUCAAUUCUACUACAAUUAGUUUCACUUUUCAAAUUCUAACACCUUACUCUGGUUUAGGGGUUUUGAGCUGACGUCAGUUAUAAAAACGAUCACAACGUUGGGACUCCUUUGCUAAUUUGCUUAUUAUUUGUUGUAAAACGGCAUACUCUGCUGGUGAGGAUUAAACUUAGUCCCCACUUUCUCACCAUAGAUUCCGAUUUCCCGUCAUGCCGCAUUCUGUCUGUUAAAUAUCACCAUCAUUCUGUUAAAAACACAAUGGAAUACAAUUAUCAGCGUAAUAAAUGUCUUAACUUGUAUAGAGUUAACUUGUAUAUACACACACACACACACACACACACACACACACACACACACACACACACACACACACACACACACACACACUAGCUGAGACAAGACAAUGAGAGAAUAGCUCAAAUAAAACCAAAUAAGUGUUAGGGUUCAAACGAAUAUGCCGUUAAUUUGAUUUCUUGUUCUUCCUUUUCCUGUUUAAUUCUUUAGCAAUCUAUA